UCAAUACCUUCGAUGACUAAGGUGUCAUCUCCAUCAGCUGUGGAUGAACUUGAAAAGUUUGCCAGGGGCAGUAGCCCUAUUAAUCCUGAUGAUCUUGCAAAUGGUCUUUCUAGGGAGGAACAUGCUAGGAAUACAAACGCUGCUGCGUCGUCUGCAGCUAUGAAAGCAGCUAUGGAUAGAGCUGAGGCAAAGUUCAGGCAUGCGAAGGAAGUAAGGGGUAGAGGGAGUACUAAAGCUGCCAGAAGUAAAGAUACAGCUGGAAGGGAUGAGAAUGUAUAUGACUCUCAAGAGCAAGCUUUCAAAGAAAAACAAAGGGAAGAGGAAGAGAGGGAGCAAAGGAGACUUGAGAAGGAGAGGGAGAGAGCCAGAGAGAUUGAGAGGGAAAGGGCUCGACAAGCUGUGGAAAGGGCUACAAGGGAAGUUCGUGAGAGAGCAGCUGCUGAGGCUCGCCUUAGAGCUGAAAGGGCUGCUCUUGAGAAAGCUAAUGCUGAAGUUAGAGAACGAGCAGAACGGGCUGCUGUCCAGAGAGCACAAGCAGAAGCCCGUGAAAGGGCUGCUAAUGAGGCCAAGGAAAGAGCUGAGAAGGCUGCUGCUGAAGAGGAGAGAGAAGCACGUGAGAAGGCUGCAGAGGCUCGGAUAAGAGCAGAAAGAGCAGCUGUAGAAAGAGCCACUGCAGAUGUUAGGCAAAGGGCUACUACAGAGGCUCGUCAAAAAGCAGCAGCAGCUGCUGCUGGGGCUUCAUGGGUAGUCAGCCACUCCAAGGCCAAAGUAAAUUCAUCGGAUCCUGAAUUUGAUACAAAAACUCAGAAAAGGCAAAGGCCUGAAGCAGCAAAGCCAUCUGCUGCAACAUCAUCUAACAUAAGAAAACCAUCUUCAACAGCCAAUCUUGCUGAUGAUCUUUCCUCUUUUUUGGUGGUGCUGCACCAUCCAGAGAAUUCCAGGAAGUUGAAGGAGAAACUGAAGAAAGAAGAAGAGCCAGACUGGAACGCCAUCAGAGAACGCAAAGAAAGAACAGCCAAAGCACUUGCUGAGAAAAAUCAGCGUGAUCUUCAGACUCUAAAGGAACAGGAAGAGAGACAUAGGAUUGCUGAAACACUGGAUGUUGAGAUAAAGCGCUGGGCUGCUGGAAGAGGGAACUUGCGUGCUUUGCUAUCGACUUUGCAAUAUGUGCUCUGGCCUGAAUGUGGUUGGGAACCUGUUUCUCUGACGGAUUUGAUUGCUGCUGCUUCAGUUAAAAAGUUCUAUAGGAAGGCAACUUUGUGUAUUCAUCCUGACAAGGUGCAGCAAAAAGGUGCCAAUCUUCAGCAGAAAUAUAUUGCCGAGAAGGUUUUUGACUUCCUUAAGGAAGCUUGGAACAAAUUUAAUUCAGAGGAGCUCUUCUGAACUCUUGAGACAACCUUUCAGCUUCAAGCUAUUUUAAGCAAGCGUCCCAUUUCUUUCCUUGGCAGAUACUCCUGGAGGACAAUGAAUGUCUCUGAGGAAUAUAAUCUUGCCAAUAUUGCACCCGUUUUGAAAUACAGUAUAUUUAAGGAAGUUCAUCCUCUGAAGUUGCUGAAACCGUUCUCCUCGUAGCCAAUGAUUUACUUAGGGUUGCCAAACAAGUACAUUCACUCAGGGGCUAUGAGGAUCUUGGUGAUCUUUAUGUUGUAGGUUACUGCAUGGAAGAUCCUGUGGUUGCGCCUACAAUGAAUUCCCUCGCAUUGUCCAAGUGACGAGGCUAAAACUCAUUGCCUUUUGCAAUCCGCCGCAACAAAUAUAAUAGCAUUGUGUAUACAUCUCAUGGGAUUGAACAUUACCAUUUGUACCAAUUUGCUGGUAUACUUGUAAGAUAUUUUUAGCGUGGGUAAAUUGUCGAUAUCCCCCUUUAAGGAUAUUUAGCGAGCAAACCCCUCCACUUUGAAAACAGUGAAAGCUGUCCCUAUACUUUGGAUAUUGGUGAUAGAAGUCCCUCUGUACUCCGUACCUUAAGGUUCCUAGCAGGAACAUUCUAUGCAGUAGCAUGGGAGAUUGCUACUUCACCACAUUCCUAACUCCAAUAGAAUUCUUGUCAAAAGUUGGAUGGACGUCUCACUAGUAUCCAAAGCAAGGACUGACUGUGCUACUUUCAAGUUAGGGGGACAGCUGGCUAAAAUUACCAAAGUAGCGGAGGUGUCUCGGUGAUUUAGCCCUUUGUUUUGAUUGUUCAGAUUAUUGUCUUUAAGUAAAGGCUGAAUGGUGACAGGUACUUCCCUUUGA